AUGGGUACUCAAAUUAGAUCCAUGGUCUCACUCUUGUUAAUGUUCUUCUUGAUUCUGACCGUCCCUGUUCGAGCUCAGAGAACACCAACGGAGACUCCAACAACAAAGUUCACUUUCCGAGGUUUUAUCGGAAACCAAUCAGAGAUUUUAACGACAGGAGCUGCGACGAUCAAAACUGACGGUCUAUUGAGACUCACCGAUCGAAGCUCAAACGUCGUCGGAACAGCUUUCUACCACAAACCGGUGAGAUUGCUCGAGACUAACGGAAAUUCCACGAACGCCACGGUUCGUUCCUUUAGCACUUCUUUUGUCUUUGUCAUAAUCCCUUCAAGCUCAAACGACGGAGGCUAUGGCUUCACCUUCACGCUAUCUCCGACCCCUAAUCGUCCCGGAGCCGAAUCCGAACAGUAUAUGGGAUUACUAAGCGCAGAGAACAAUGGGGAUUUGACGAAUCAUGUUUUCGCGGUUGAAUUCGACACGGUACAAGGAUUCAAAGACACGGUACAAGGAUUCAAAGACGGUGCUGAUGGAAUAGGCAAUCACAUCGGUAUUAAUUUCAACAGCCUCGCAUCGGAAGUUCAAGAACCGGUCGGGUAUUACGACAACAACGCUCCUGACCGUGAAGAGGAUUUCCAGCUUCAGAGCGGCAAACCGAUUCAAGCGUUUUUGGAUUACGAUGGACCAACACAAACGCUGAAUUUCACCGUUUACCCGGCGAGUUUGAAGUCUAGACCAAUAAAGCCUCUGAUCUCACAACUACCGGUUCAGAAUUUGUCGCAGAUCGUGCAAGAAGAAAUGUAUGUCGGAUUCACUGCAGCCACAGGGAGGGAUAAGUCGAGUGCUCAUUACGUGAUGGGUUGGAGUUUCUCAAGCGGCGGCGAUGGACCGAUUGCGGAAACGCUCGAACUCUCGGAACUUCCUCGUGCGCCGCCGAAUACGGCGAAAAACAGAGGAUACAAUUCUCAGGUCCUCGCUCUGAUCGUGGCUCUAUCAGGCGUAACGGUGAUCUUGCUUGCUUUACUCUUCUUCUUCGUGAUAUACAAAAAGCGAUUGCAACAAGAAGAGAUUCUCGAGGAUUGGGAAAUCGAUCAUCCUCACAGAUUUCAAUACAAAGAUCUCUACUCCGCUACUGAUGGAUUCAAGGAGAAUCGCAUCGUCGGAACCGGAGGAUUCGGAACCGUUUUCAGAGGAAAAAUCUCAUCAUCUUCUUCUGAUCAAAUCGCCGUGAAGAAGAUAACUCCGAAUAGCAUGCAAGGUGUUCGAGAAUUUGUCGCAGAGAUCGAGAGUUUAGGAAAGCUAAGUCAUAAGAAUCUGGUCAACCUUCGAGGAUGGUGCAAACACAAGAACGAUCUCUUGCUGAUUUACGAUUAUAUCCCCAACGGAAGCUUAGACUCGCUGCUCUACAGUAAACCGAGACAAAGCGGCGCCGUUUUGUCGUGGAACGCGCGUUUUCAAAUCGCGAAAGGGAUCGCGUCUGGGCUAUUGUAUCUCCACGAGGAAUGGGAACAGAUCGUGGUUCACAGAGACGUGAAACCUAGCAACGUUCUGAUUGACGAUGACAUGAACCCUAGAUUGGGAGAUUUCGGACUCGCGAGGCUUCACGAACGCGGAUCACUAUCGUACACAACAGUCGUCGUCGGUACAAUUGGUUAUAUGGCCCCUGAGCUAUCCAGAAAGGGUAAAUCGUCGUCAGCGUCUGAUGUUUUCGCGUUUGGCGUUUUGCUUUUAGAGAUCGUCUCAGGGAGAAGACCGACUGAUUCCGGUACCUUCUUUUUAGCCGAUUGGGUUAUGGAAUUGCACGCGAACGGCGAGAUUCUCACUGCGGUCGAUCCGAGACUCGGGUCUUGUUACGACGUUGGAGAGGUAAAACUUGCUCUCGUUGUCGGAUUGCUCUGUUGCCACCAAAGACCGUCGUCUCGGCCUUCGAUGAGAAUGGUGCUAAGGUAUAUGAACGGAGACGAAGAUGUUCCAGAGAUUGAUGACAGUGAUUGGGGAUGUUCGAAUUCUUCGAGAAGCGAAUUCGGAUCGAAGAUUGAAGGGUAUGUUUCGUCGGAAAAAGGUUCGAGCUCAAUCGCAUCUUUCUCCGUGACGAGGGAUUCGUCUAGUUCUGUAAUAAGUGGUAGAUAG